AUGGAUUGCUACUUUAGUAUCGUUUCACCACCCAGUCAAGGUGCCAUAUUGGUUGCCAAUAAAUUAGGAAUCACAUUAAACCUCAAGAAAUGGAUCACAUACGAUCCGGUAGCGCUAUAUACAUUAUUUGAUUUCAAGAAUGGCCGUGAGAAGGUCGAAGACGAGAACCGUCCGGUAAGACCAUCCACCUCGACCGACGUCGUCCAAAUCAAGGAUUUGGUGGUCAACAAUCUGCCGUUUGCUAGCAGUGACCGAAAACACCAGAUGGAUCUGUACUACCAUAUCCGUUCAGCACCCUGCCAACCGGUGGCGUUUCUGCUCAAACAUAUGGGCCUGGAGGUGAAUCACAAGGUGACGAGCAUAUACGAUCCGACGGAUUUCGAGGCGCUGAAGAAGGUUAAUCCGCAGCACACCAUUCCUACACUGGUGGACAAUGGGCAUGUGGUUUACGAGUCGUACGCCAUCCUGAUCUAUCUGGCGGAGAAGUACGGGCUGGACGAUAGUCUCUAUCCGAAGGAUCACGCUGAGCGUUCGGUUGUCCACCAGCGUCUGUUCUUCGAUAGCGGAUCGUUCCAGGGCAGCUCGCUACAAGCGUUGAAUCAGCACACGAGGCAAAACCCGAUUCCGGAGGAGAACCUGGCGAAGGUUAAGCGUGCGCUGGAGGUUGUGGAGAUGUAUCUCACCGAUGCACCGUACGUCGCGGGACAAAAGUUGACGAUUGCCGAUUUCCCCAUCUUUGUGAGCGUUUGCUCGCUGGAUACGAUAACGUAUGAUCUGACGCCCUAUCCGAACGUCAUGCGCUGGUUCAACACGAUGGGAACGCAUAUUCCGGACCUGGAGACGAUGCGUGCUCAGGCCAAGGCUGAUCUCGAAGCUCUGCUAGCGCCAAAGAACAACUAAACCUCGAAUGAACGAGAUCGCGAAUCCGUUUAUCGAGUGAUCGAUUUUUGAAUAAAGCUAUCUCGAUAU